AUGCGAUCAAAUUUAUUACCAAUAGAUCAACUUCUCAUGUGUGUGAGCAAAGGUCAAUCAGGGGAUCGUUAUCCCACACCAACUCCUUCAAUUCCUAAAAUUGAACCAUAUGCAACUUAUUCAUCAGACAACAGCCGUACAUCGUAUGAUGAUAAUGAAACUAUUUCAUUCGGUCCUAUUAAAGUCAAACCACGUAAAAGACCAGCACCAACUUUAGCUACUGGUCGUCGUUCAAAAUAUGAAAAAUUACCACCAGAAGAAGAACAAAAACGAGAUGUAAGACGUGCACGUAAUCGUGCUGCUGCUGAACGUGUACGUGUAAGUCGAUUAAAUGUUGAACAACAAUUAUUGGAUCAAAUAAGUAAAUUAGAAAAACAAGAAGAAAAAUUAUUAGAAGAUGUUCAAACACUUCAACAUCAAAAACUUCAUUUAGAAACACGACUUAUGACUCAUGAACAAAUGUGUCCUAAUAUGAAUGUACAAAAUUCAUUUACAAUAUCUGAUAUUGACUUAACAUCUUAUCUUCCAUUAGACAAUUUUCCAACAUCUUCACAACAAAAUGGCACAAUAAUAAAUGAUAAAAUAGCUGAAUUCGAUUUUGAUGAUGCAUUUCUUAAUUCAUUAAUUGUUGAACCAGUAGAAAAUUUUCCUGAAUCAUUAUCAAAUAUGAUUGUCAAUGGUGAUCUAAAUGAUUUCUUCAUGAAUUAA